CUAUUAGACUAGACAAAUAAAACUAGAGGAUUCACCACACCAAGGCAGCUCAUAAAAAUCAGUAAGAUCAAAGACUCAAGGGCCAUCUAGCUGGGCCUGCAAGCAACGCAUUUCUUCAACCAUGGCUGACAACAUCGUCACAAAGCCUGUUGGGUUAAUUUUGAUCGCCACAGCUCACAUGGUUUUCAAUGGCCCCAGCAAAGCAGAGGUCACUGGGAUCCUCGGCAGCAACAUCACCCUUCAAUUUAGAUUUAAUAACACUACCAUUCAUGAUGACAGUCAUUUUGCAGUGUAUACAACAGGCCAGAAAAAGAUUGAUGAGUAUUCAAAGCACAAAUGUUUCUCAGGAAAAGGUCACCUUUACCCUAAAAAUACUUCUGUAUUAUACCACAUUACAAAUCUCAAACUAAAUCAAAGUGGAACUUACUGGGCCAGUUUGUUCAUGGGCUCAGGACUCCCCAAAGAAAGUGAUAAGGUGCAGCUGAUUGUCCAAAAGGAGAGGAGGCACAGCACAGUUCCUCCAGUGUCAACUACCAUGCCGCUAAUUGGAGGCAAUGGAAGUUCCAGUGUCUUUUCCUCUCACAUCAUCACUCUCCUCGUGGUUUCACCCGUAGUGCUGCUGGCUUCAGUACUACCCUGGUUGAUCUGGUGUCUCAUGAGAACGAAAGACAAACAACAACAACCACAAGGAAAGUCUAAUCCCAUAGAACGGGACACAGCGGAGGAGCCCAGCCGUGUGGCUCCACCCUCACUGGUUUACAGCGUCCUGGACUUCCCCAAAAGACCUCCCACAGUUUUGGAGAUUAAUCCAAAUGACACAGAGUACGCUGCCGUCAGCUAUCUCCCAGAAGAGAGACGAGAGUGACGCACAGCUGAAUCUAAACCUGCUGGUCUUUCUUGAUUUGAGUGAAGGUUUGCCAGAUGAUUUAUAUACUGUAUAUAUAAUCUAAAAAUAUAUGAAACCUCCCAGGUUAUUGUUUCUUGCAAUAAAUUACAAAACAAUGGAGUUUUGAGGGGGAAGAAAACAUAAGACUUGAUGUCCGAGUCACUGUUCUGCAUGGGUCAUGGUUAGAAUGUGGGUCUCACUUUGUUUUUGGUGGUUGCAAGAUUGGCAGUUGCUGUGGUAAUUCACAAGCCAGCACACACAGUGUCACAGUACCGAACCAACUUUCUGAUUUGGUUUGGUGUUGUUUUGCACUUUAUUUGUUUCAGGGCCAUUUGGCUACUAAAUCCUGAAAGGGUUAGCCUGGUGAGAUUCUAAAUUUUUGUCAUCGUUAACAAAUGCCAUAAAAAGACCAAAACCACCAACGAACUGAUCCUACUAGCAAAUAUUCCCUGCGUGACAAAGUGUUAUCUUUUGUGCCAUAGAGUUCCAUUGGUGUCCAGAAACUAUUAAAAGCACUUUAAUGAGCCACAGAUUUGCACUGGGUGACAUGUUGCUCCAUUACUAUGAAAAUGGGCACUGUAGUUUAUAUGCAGAUGAUCCCACAUACACUGUCCUGCUAAUUCAAAUACUCACUAGAGCACCAAAUGUGUAUUAAUGCACGUUAUCUGACUGUUGAAGAUAACGAAAAAAAACCCAAAAAAACCCCAGAAUAUUCCCAGGCUUAUCUUUUAGGCUAUAGUUAAGCUGAAGCUCCUGUAGCUAAUGUUGUCAACAAAUUCAUAACUACACUUCUGAGGUUGUGGAGGGAUGACAGAUUACUGACAAGUGUUCAAGUGUUCAAUCUUUAAAUCUCACUUACAUUUAUUUCUAAAAUGAAAGUCUGUCGGUUUUGCUUCACCUUUCCUCCCCAGAUUAAAGUUGGGUCCUGGUUCUUAACUUCACGUUAGCGAUAUGUCUGAGUUGAUUAUUACUUUUUUUUUUUUAGUUAGGAGGUGUGAAAUCUUUAUCUGCUCCCUUUGGGUAUCUGGUUUGGCAAUUUUCAUCUUUUCUGUCGAUGUUUUCUUUUUCGUCGUUGCAUUUAUCACAGUUUUGACUCAUGCGCUUUUUUCUUUGUUUUUAUCACUUUUAAAAUACACAAAAUUAAUAUGCGCCAGUAUUAUGAAACAGGGACAUGAGGAAAUGUUAUUUGUAGAUAAAGAUCUGUUACCAGCUCAACAGUACUGUAUAUUCACCGAUCAAAGAGGGGAUUUUUCCAUCCCAUGACAGUUUGACACCGUCUCACCAGUUUUACACAUCAACAGCAACUACCUGACACUAUCUCACUACCAUUUUCCACUGCAUCGCAUCUGAAGUUGUCUUUUGGCUCGCUGAUGUUUUGUAGAUUUGUUAGAAAAACUAUUGAUUUAGUUCUCAUACCAUGUAUUACUAUGUGUUAAAAAUGUAUUAUGUAGAGUUAAACUCCCCCAACAUGUCUGUUGGCGACAGACAAGCAGGUGGUUUAUUCAUCUCAGAUGUUGGUCGUUACUCAAGAUGGAAAAUAACCAACUAAGCCAGUAAAUUAUGACAGUGCUUUUAAAAAUAGCUGGUCACAAUGGCAUGCAACCAAACACACGACUGAAUGUUCUUCUCUGCUCUGAAAACCUUGGUGGUAAAAUAGCAGAAGAAACUCUACCAAUCUAACAGUUUCUUGUCCUAUCAGGUGUUAUUUCAAAUUUAUUUGUGUCCUGAAUUAAAUGGCUGCUGAUUCCA